UGGGCUGCGGCCUCCCCUCCGGUCCCUGGGAGCGGGCGCGCGGCGGGCGCGGGAGCAGUGGCGGAGGCCCCGGCGCGUCCUUCUGCCCCGCAGCCUGAGCCCGGGCGGCUGGAGGGCUCCGCUGCCCGAGGAUGGGAAUUCUCUUCACCCGGAUCUGGAGGCUGUUCAAUCACCAGGAGCACAAAGUUAUCAUUGUUGGGCUGGAUAAUGCAGGGAAAACGACCAUCCUUUACCAGUUUUCCAUGAAUGAAGUUGUACAUACAUCCCCUACAAUAGGAAGUAAUGUGGAGGAGAUUGUGGUUAAUAAUACACGUCUCCUGAUGUGGGAUAUUGGAGGUCAAGAAUCGCUUCGAUCUUCCUGGAACACUUACUAUACUAACACUGAGUUUGUAAUAGUUGUUGUGGACAGCACAGACAGAGAAAGAAUUUCAGUAACUAGAGAAGAGCUCUACAAAAUGCUGGCCCACGAGGACUUAAGAAAAGCUGGAUUGCUGAUUUUUGCUAAUAAACAAGAUGUUAAAGAAUGCAUGACAGUAGCAGAGAUCUCCCAGUUUUUGAAGCUAACGUCUAUAAAAGAGCACCAGUGGCAUAUCCAAGCAUGCUGCGCUCUUACUGGCGAGGGGUUAUGCCAAGGACUCGAGUGGAUGAUGUCACGGCUGAAGAUCAGAUGAUCUCUACUGACCUCUUCUCACAGACUCUGUAUCAACAAAGUGCUGGACUUUACCUGCAAGCUGCAAAAAAAACGGUUGAGAUAUAUUUAUAAUAAACUGAUUUAAGUGUUUUUCUACAAGAAGGAAAAUGAAGACCACUCAUUUGAAAACAAAGAUGAACGUCACCGCCCAGUUUGCUCUCAUUCCUUCCGAAGUGCGUCGAAGCUGUGACUGACAUUUCUCACGAUGACUCCUCUCCGGAUGUGGUAGAGCUGUGGCGAGUACGAAGGGAGAGGAAGACAUUUGAACUGUAGAGCUUUAUUGUCCGAGUGCUUUGCCCUUCCCACCCCA